UUAGAAUCGAAUGAAUCAUUCAAAAACGAAUGAUUUAUUCAAUAAAAAAAAAAUUUUGACAUUCACACAGGCAGCAAAUUUUCCAAAUGUUUUUUUUCAAACAUCAAACAAUAUCAUCAUCAUCAUUUGAAAAUAUUGGUCAGCUAUAUAUUAUCGUGAUGUUUAUGAUAAUCAUUUAUGAAUGGAAUUGUUGAAUGCCAUACCAACAUUAUCAUGUUUCAUUUGUGACUACAGUAUCCGCAAACAUACACACAAAUACACAUUUACACACACACAUACACACACACACACACGUAUACAACCAACAUACGACACACCACGCGAUUUGUCAAAUGUGUUAUAUCAUACCAUCUUUACAAUUCAUAUUUUUUCCCGUAUUUCUGUAAUGAGACUCUCACCAUUUGAUCCAGUCUUCAAAGUUGCCUAGUCAAAGAUUAUUUUAUUAAAAAAAAAAAAAAAAAAUUAUUGCCGUUUGAAAUUUGAUCUCCUGUUUUUUUUGUGUUUACGAAUUUAAAAAAAGUAACAACAAUCAAGUCAAUUCAAACAUAAACAUACACCUACUCACAUAUAUCACACACAGUUUAUCACCAUGCCUUUUACCGGAACUUUAAAGCUUAAAAUUGUCGAGGCUGCUGAUCUGAAGCCUACACAAUUGUCCGUUCGCCAUGUGCUCGGCAAGAAUCAAUCAAUGGUUAUUGAUCCGUUCAUUAAUGUUGCCGUUGAUGAUUCGGUAAUGGAAAGAACUACGGCUAAAUCUCGUACAUUCAAACCGGUAUGGAACGAAUCAUUCAAUCUGGAAUUGAUUGAAGCCAAAACACUGCAAUUAACAGUGUUUCAUAAAUCAGCAUUAUCCGAAGAAUUUGUAGCAAAUUAUUCGCUCACAUUCGAUGAGAUUCAAGAGAAACAUGAGGAUAAUGAUUUUUGGCUUGACUUGGAACCAGUAGGAAGAUUACAUGUUAUGAUUGAAUUAGUUAAUAAACCGGAACUAAGACCACCGAAAGAAUUCCAUGAACGUAUUGGUUUCAAUAAUAGGCGUCGUGGUGCCAUGAGACGUCGUGUUCAUCAAAUAAAUGGUCAUAAAUUCAUGACGACCAACCUAAGGCAACCGACAUUUUGUUCACAUUGUAACAAAUUUAUUUGGGGACUAGCUAAACAAGGAUAUCAAUGUCAAGUAUGCACUAUGGUAGUGCAUAAAUGUCAUCAAUUCGUUGUUGUCAAAUGUCCUGGUUGUAAAAAAACAAAUGAAGAAGAUGCAUUGGCCAGUGGCAAUCGAUUCAGUAUCAAUGUUCCACAUAGAUUUUCCGUUCAUAAUUACAAGAUACCGACAUUUUGUGAUCACUGUGGUUCUAUGUUAUAUGGUAUUAUCAAACAAGGCCUCAAAUGUGAAGAUUGUGAAAUGAAUGUUCAUAAACGGUGCCAUAAAAAUGUGACAAAUAACUGUGGGAUCAAUUCAAAAAAAUUUGGCGAAGUAUUAGGCGAAUUGGGAAUUUCCAGUGAAAGUUUGAGUAGUAAUAAUAAAUCUAAGAAAAAUAAAGUCCCAAUGAAUGAACAGUCGCCUAGCAAGUCAUCGUUCAAUGAAAGAUCGCAUACAUCACCAUUGCCCAAUAUGACCAUGGACCAAUUGUAUUCUGAAGAACCAUUCUGCAAUGCAAUGUCAAACAUGCGUCUUUCACUGAUUACCAAUAGUAAGAAAUCAUUAUCCGUUGAAAUUAUAUUGAUUACUUUUUUAUGUAUUGCAGAUGAAAAACAACAGCAAAAAUCGUUACAGCAGAGUAACUUGAAUCAAUUGAUUGAAUCAUGCUCUAAACGCCGCUAUGACUUGGACUCAUUCAGCUUUUUAAAAGUCUUAGGCAAAGGGAGCUUCGGAAAGGUCAUGUUGGCCGAACUGAAAGGAACCGAUGAAGUGUAUGCCGUCAAAGUUUUGAAAAAAGAUGUCAUUCUUCAAGAUGAUGAUGUCGAUUGUACCAUGACCGAAAAACGUGUUCUAGCGUUGGCUGCCAAGCAUCCUUUCCUGACGGCAUUACAUUCAUGUUUUCAGACUCAAGAUCGGUUAUUUUUUGUUAUGGAAUAUGUCAAUGGUGGAGAUUUAAUGUUCCAGAUACAAAAAGCUCGAAAAUUCGAAGAACCACGUGCUCGAUUCUAUGCGGCCGAAGUUACGUUAGCAUUGAUGUUUCUUCAUCGACAUGGUGUGAUAUAUAGAGAUCUAAAAUUAGAUAAUAUUCUCCUGGACAGCGAAGGACAUUGUAAAUUAGCCGAUUUCGGCAUGUGCAAAGAAAAUAUCAUUGGUGAUAAUACGACAUCUACAUUCUGUGGUACUCCUGAUUAUAUAGCACCAGAAAUAUUACAAGAACUUGAUUAUGGAGCUUGUGUUGAUUGGUGGGCAUUGGGCGUUUUAAUGUAUGAAAUGAUGGCCGGCCAGCCACCUUUUGAAGCCGAAAACGAGGAUGAUCUAUUUGAAUCAAUUUUACAUGAUGAUGUUGUCUAUCCUGUUUGGCUUUCCAAAGAUGCUGUCGCAAUUCUCAAAGGAUUUUUAACUAAAAAUCCCUUGAAACGUUUGGGUUGUGUGCCUAGUGCCGGCGAAAGUGCAAUACUAAACCAUCCAUUUUUCCAUGAAAUCAAUUGGGAAUUGUUGGAAGCAAAAAAACUCAAGACCCCAUUUAAGCCAAAAAUUAAAGCCAAAUGUGAUGUCACUAAUUUUGAUCAAGAUUUUACCAAAGAAGAAGCUGUUUUAACACCGACCAAUGUCGAAACAAUCAGGUCGAUCAAUCAAGACGAGUUCAAAGGUUUUUCAUUUGUAAAUGAAGAUUUUAAGCCAUCAAGAUUAGAUGUGUUUAUUUAACACCAUCAAAUAACCGUUUGCAUAUAAAAAAUUGUUGAAAUAUACAUACAAAUACAAAAAAAAAAAUUAAAAUGCAAACAUCAUGAAAAAAACCAAG